GGGGCGGGCGGUGGCGGCGGGCGGCGAGCGGGAGCUGUCCGCGGUGCUGAAGCGGCGGCGGCUCAGGGACGCGGGGCCGGGAGCAGGGGAGCCCUCCUGGGAGUUCCACCGCGACCGCGAGGCGGGGACGCCGUCGCUCACCAGUCCAUGCCGAGCCCCCGAGCCCCGCGGAGGAGGCGGGACCGUCCGCGGCGGGACAGGCUCUGAGGACUGCUCCGCUGGCCCAGGCCCCCCUCCCCAGCAGCUGCCCCAGAACCAUGGAGAGUCUGAGUGAACUACAGAACCCGCUGCUGCCCAGGAGCCCUGCCCACCUCCAUGGCCCCUAUCCCUACCCAGAGACCCCACCCAGCUGGUCCUGCCAGGAAAAGCUUUACUCCUACCUCCUAGGCGGCGCUGGGCCUGCGGGAGCCCACCAGCUCCUGGACCCAGGGUCCCUGCAGCUGGCCGUGGAGGCCUGGUACCGGCCCAGCUGCCUCCUGGGGAGAGACAAGGUCAAGGAGCCCAGGGCAGGCAGCUGUGAGACCAGCUUCACAGAGGACAGGGAGCCCCAGGAGGGGCCUCCAGAGCAGCCCACAGGACCUGGCCAAGCUGCAGAGAAUGUCACCAUCCAGACUGUGUCCUACGGGGUACAAGAAGAGCUGCAGGACCAGGAAGACGACCAGGAGGAAGAGGAGAGCGAUGCCACUUCAACGGAGAGUGAAAGUGAAGACAACUUCCUCACGCUGCCUCCCAGGGACCACCUGGGCCUUACUCUCUUCUCCAUGCUCUGCUGCUUCUGGCCACUGGGCAUUGCUGCCUUCUACUUCUCCCAGGGGACCAGCAAGGCCAUCUCCAAAGGGGACUUCCGCCUGGCCAGCACCACCUCCCGCCGGGCCCUCUUCUUAGCCACACUCGCCAUCGCCGUGGGGGCUGGUCUCUACGUGGCUGUGGUGGUGGCUCUGGCAGCUUACAUGUCCCAGAACGGUCAUGGCUAGUAGCCAGUAGGGCCUGCAUCCUGACUCCCCUGCCCACCUGAGGAAGCAGUGGGGCUUGGGGUGGCAGAUCCUAUGGAAAGGGCCGGCCCCUGAAGAUGAUCCCAUGAGAGUGGCUUGCUAAGGGGGAGACCCCCCCCAUGAGAGUGGCUUGCUGAGGGGGAGACCCCCAUUCCGCAGCCUGCAGAGCUCAGCCUUCACUUCUGCUUGCCUGCUGCUCCCAGCCCCAGAGUAGGGCCCGGAGCACCACUCUUUAACCCAGGCUACAGACGGGAAAUAGAAGGCAGGGCUGCCCACCAGGCCAUCCCAGCAGGGCCUAGCUCAGUCCAUUCUGCCCAUUCCCUAGAGGAUCUUCUGCCCUACAGCCAGCCCACCACCGACCCUGCCAACCUCCCCACAGAGACAGAGCA